AUGCAAGAGACUGUGUUCCUUUUUAGUGAGGAGAAUCUCAACAAAGGGCAAUCCUCAGGGGGGCGCAGUGGCGGGGGCAACAGAUAUAAACAGAGUUCACGCCGAGUGGUCCCCACAACAAACUGCGAGCUGAGUGACGCGGCAGCAGAAAUUAGAAUAGUGGAGAAGGUGCUGAAGAACGGUGAUCUUUACAAUGGAGGCUUAUCAGCGGGGGUUCCUAACGGGACAGGGAAGUAUCUGUGGUCAGAUGGCUGUAUGUACGAAGGGGAGUGGACACGUGGCAAAGCAAGUGGAAAAGGACGUUUCUCUUGGCCGUCUGGGGCUACCUAUGAGGGUCAGUUUAAGGAUGGCCGAAUGGACGGUGAAGGAACGUUCAUUGGCAUCGACGGUGAUACGUAUCGAGGGCAUUGGCUGUGGGGAAGAAAGCAUGGCUAUGGAGAGAAGCGGUAUGCAAACGGCGACGUUUACCAAGGGAAUUGGAAGGCUAAUCUGCAGGACGGUAACGGACGUUAUGUAUGGAGCGAUGGGAAUGAGUAUGUGGGAGAGUGGAAGAACGGUGUUAUUUCAGGGAAAGGGACCAUGACGUGGGCUAACGGAAACCGUUAUGAAGGCCUAUGGGAAAAUGGAGCUCCGGUUGGGAAAGGGAUUUUGAGUUGGAGCGAAGAGAAGACAAGUAAUAAUCAGUUUGGUGGUUGGGGAAGGAAGAAGAAGAAAGAUGGUGAGAUUGUGCAGCAAAAGCUCUCUUCUGUAGAAACUUUGGGAAAAAAUACAAAUUUUCCACGGAUUUGUAUAUCGGAAUUGGAGGAUACAAACCCAUGUGACAAUGUUGAGGCAGGUUCGAUGUUGAGUCCAUACACGAGUGAGUCAGAUACAGGUGAUAACGCUAGCGGUUGCGGAGAGUAUGAGUGGGCAAGAAGCCCUUUGCUUUUGGAAAGUGGCGGUGCCUUGAGUUUGCAGCAAAGUCCGAGGUGGUUGGAUGAAGGAGAUGUAAAGAAACCUGGGCACACUGUUACCGCCGGACAUAAAAACUAUGAUUUGAUGUUGAACCUACAGCUUGGGAUUAGAUAUUCUGUUGGGAAACAUGCUUCGGUUUUGAGGGAACUUAAGCAUUGUGAUUUUGAUCCCAAGGAUAAACAAUGGACCAGGUUUCCACCCGAAGGCUCUAAGUCCACACCUCCCCAUCUAUCAGUCGACUUUAAAUGGAAAGACUACUGCCCUGUUGUGUUUAGGCAUCUAAGAGAGUUAUUCACGAUAGAUCCAGCAGACUACAUGCUAGCUAUUUGCGGAGAUGAAUCACUUCGAGAAUUUUCUUCGCCUGGAAAGAGUGGAAGCUCCUUUUAUUUGACUCAAGAUGAACGCUUCAUGAUCAAAACCAUGAAGAAAUCUGAAAUUAAGGUGUUACUUAAGAUGCUCCCAAGUUAUUAUGAGCAUGUUUCCAAGUACAAAAACUCACUGGUCACAAAGUUUUUUGGCGUGCAUUGCGUCAAACCAGUAGGAGGACAAAAGACUCGGUUCAUAGUGAUGGGCAAUCUAUUUUGUUCGGAGUAUCGUAUACACAAACGGUUUGACUUAAAAGGUUCAUCACAUGGUCGUACCAUCGACAAGGAUGAAGGUGAAAUCGACGAAACCACAACACUUAAAGACUUGGAUCUCAAGUAUGUAUUUCAACUCGAGACCUCAUGGUUUCAUGCCUUCAUCAACCAAAUUGAUAUCGACUGUGAGUUCCUUGAAGCUGAGAGGAUUAUGGACUAUAGCCUCUUGAUUGGUCUCCAUUUCCGUGAAACUUGCCUGCGUGACGACAUUUCCUUGGGCAUCGGUCGAAGAGAUCAGGAGGACAAAUUGAUGAGAGGUUAUAAUUCGCUUCCAAAUAUGGACUCUGUCACCCAAACUUGUAACGGACCCUUAAUAAGACUAGGGGAAAGUACACCCGCAAAAGCAGAGCAGGUGAGAAGAUUUGAAGAAGAUUCGUGGGUAGAUGAAGAAACUGACAACUCAAAUCCUAAGAGUACGAGGAAGGAGGUUGUUGACGUGAUCCUUUAUUUCGGUAUAAUUGACAUUCUUCAAGACUAUGAUAUCACCAAAAAGUUAGAACACGCCUACAAGUCACUCCAUGCAGAUCCCACUUCCAUUUCAGCUGUUGAUCCUAAGCUUUAUUCCCGAAGGUUUAGAGACUUUAUAAACAAGAUAUUCAUUGAAGACAAAUGA